AUGAGCCGCAGCAGCAAGCUUGCCCCGGAAGCCAACAGGAUCCUUUUCGUGAAGAACCUCAGCUACAACGUUACCGCAGAGGAGCUGUUUGAUCUUUUCGGGAAAUUUGGCCCUAUUCGUCAAAUACGCCAGGGCAUUGCGACAAACUCGAAGGGCACUGCGUUCGUCGUGUACGAGGAUGUUGCCGAUGCAAAGCAGGCCUGUGAUAAAUUGAAUGGUUUCAACUUCCAGAAUAGAUACCUUGUCGUUUUAUACCACCAGCCUGAGAAGAUGGCCAGAUCGAGAGAAGAUCUGGCCGCCCGACAAGAAAACCUGGAGCGACUAAAACAACAACACGGCAUCGACUGA